UAGAAACAGCGGAUAGUCGACAAACAACCAAUAUAUUUUAAUUUAARAUAAAUUAAUUAUGAUGAAUACAAGUGAAGAGGAAUUCACAAAUUCUGACGCCUGGCUGUCGGAGCAACUUUUCGCACAAUUAAAAGAAUUUAAUUCUGAUUACAGAGAAAAAUCCGUUAUAGAUUCAUCGACAACAUUUACAUUUCCUUCCGGAAGUCUUAGUUGCAUAACAGAGGAUGAACCCCAAGAUUUAACCAAAACAAGACUGGAAAAUUAUGAAUCGGGUUUCAAGUUACCAACAACAACAAACAUUACUCCAUUCGAUAUAAAUGAUGUUCUUGAUUUGAGCAAUAUUACUGGUAGAGGCACAGAACCGGCUUUCUUGGAUUUGGUGGGGACAGUGCCAUUAACACCAUUCGCCACACCAAUCCCCGAGCCAAUAGUAAUGGUUAAUGAAACAGUGAAACAAACAACGGGGUCAUUCGAUGCAACAGAAGAAGAAUUGAAACUUUUGCAAUUCCUGGAGACGCAACCCCAAAGUAGUCCGCUUGAUACUAAAUUAUAUAUUCCGCCCGAUGUUCCACCAUCAGCUUAUCGAAUUGUGAAGUGUUCCAAUUGCAACUGCCUCUUUGAUAUCAUAUCUUUUCAAUCUCACAUAUGUGAUUACGAUGAACACCAUAAUCUAAUCAUCCCCCCAGCUGCAUCUACACCUAUUAAUAAGCCCAUCAAGGAAGAACCACUAUUGCCACCGGAACCGGCAUGCAUUCGAUUAUUGCGCGAAAAUCAGAUACGCAUUCGGCGUUUCUUAAAAGAUGAACUUAAAUAUGAUGUUAAUGCGUCAAUAAAUAACAAUUUAAACAAUUCGAGUAGUACUUUAGGUAAUACAUCAAAUACAUCGACAGGCUCGACAUCAUCGAAUACUGCUAGCAAAAAGCAAGAUGGUCCUCAUGAGUGUACACUAUGCGAGCGUAAAUUCGUGCAUGCAUCAGGCCUGUUGCGGCAUAUGGAGAAACAUGCAAUGGAUCUUAUACCAACCCCAGGCGCUUCGUCAGGUGGUAAAACGACUUCAUCACAAUGUAGCUCCUUACAGAGUGUUAAUGGACUGCGUGUUGUCAUUAAGUGUACUCUUUGUGGAAGAGUAUUCUUUGAGCCAUUUGCUGCUUUCAAACAUUUAUGUUCCCACUUUCCCGGAAGUAUGCAGGAAGAAAAAGAAUUCGAUAAUUGUGCUGAAAUUCCGUACGAAUCCUAUGUAGACGAUGCUAUGAAUUUUUUGAAGAUGGAGAUCAAUAAUUGUGCGGGGCCGCUAACAGUUCACGGAGAUAAAUCACCUGUUUACCUCAAAAUGGUUAUUUUAAGUUGUAUUUUGCAGUGUGAAUUUUGUGAUUUUGUUUUCUCGGAAGUAUCCUAUUUAUUUGUACAUUCCGCUUGCCAUUUGCCUGAACGACGUUUUGAAUGCUUUUCAUGCGAUAUUCAUAUGCGCACGUCUAAAGAAAUAUGUGCGCAUUGGCAAGCUGAGUGUGUAUUUAUGCGAGAAAAUCUUAAGGUGCAUCAAGCUUCUACACAGCGUUACUUUGUUUGUAAUGUUUGCGAGAAUAAGUUUCAAUCCCUUGAUCAGUUGCAUGAGCAUAGAUAUACAGCUUAUCAUUUUUUUCCACGUUUGAACAAAUGCCUUGGUGUACUGCAACUACCUUGUGAGUACUGCGAUGUUGUAUUUGAGUUUGCGCAAGAAUGUGUUGCCCAUUAUGAAGAAAAGCACUAUAAGAAGUAUAAACGCGAUAAAGAUGGAACUGGUUCUUCCAGUAAAACCCGCCAAUACUUAUGUGAUAUGUGCGGAAAAUCAUAUACCCAAUCCAGCCACUUAUGGCAGCAUUUGCGUUUUCAUCAAGGCGUAAAACCCUUUGCUUGCAAGGAACCUGGUUGUACACGUAAAUUUACCAUUCGUCCUGACUUGAAUGAUCACAUUCGCAAGUGUCAUACUGGUGAACGUCCUUAUCAUUGUUUGGUGUGCGGCAAACGCUUUUUAACUGGCUCCGUUUUCUACCAGCAUCGUCUUAUACAUCGUGGCGAACGACGUUAUGAAUGUGAAGAGUGUGGUAAACGUUUUUAUCGUGCAGAUGCACUUAAGAAUCACCAACGAAUACAUACUGGUGAAAAACCAUUUGGUUGCCUGUUUUGUACAAAGAAUUUUCGUCAACGCGGCGAUCGAGACAAGCAUAUAAGGGCUAGACAUUCGCACCUGGAUGCGAACGCGCGUUUAAUGAUGCAAAUGCAAAAAUUACAGUUGGAAGCAGCGGCAGCUGCCGCUGCAGCUCAAGCAGUAGUUCAACAGCAGCAUGCCAAUAAUGCUGCAAUUAGUAUGAGUGGCAUACCCACUGUAACACCAACUCUUAUGAGUAUGCCGUCUGUAAGCAAUGAUGUAAUUGAUGGCCUAGAACCGUCAUUAGAUCCGAAUGAAGUUGUUAUGAUCGGAAAUGUAGCUUUUCCAAAAAGCAUGUUUGAAUCCAUUAUUCCGGACAUUGAUGAAGAGUCUGCACUUAGAGCCAUGGAGCAGUUGCAAUAGAAAGACAGAUAAUUUCUGUGAUAAAUACACCUAUAGAUGUAAUAUGCUUAAUACUAUUUAAUGAUGUCGCAAGAUGCCUCUUUGCAUUUCAAUUCUUUCUUUGUAUAUCAAUUAAUUUAUUAUAGUAUUUGAAUGAAC